AUGACUACUACACAGCGCGCCUUUGAAGCGGCGAUGCUUGAUUUUAAGGACAAGCUCAAAGGCCAUAGUUUCUACGACCAAAUUAUCCAAACAACUAGCAUCGAGCAAGUCUACCAGGACAUCCAGAAGCUUCAAGACAAGCAGGCAAAGUCCGGUCGACUUCGCCACCUGUCCAAGAUCGAACCAUUUCUAGCUCGACUUCGCGAAUACAGUAGUGUCGUUGAGACCUUCGUGCAAGCCAAGCCCGACAUCCUAGCGCUCAUAUGGGGCCCAAUCAAGCUUCUGUUGCUGUGGGCCGACCUGCUUAAACAGUCAUUCGAUGCUCUUGUGAAUGCGCUGGAAGAGAUUGGGAACAUUCUACCCGACUUUUGCGAACUGGCCGAAAUGUUCGCCGAUAACAAUCGUCUGCAGGAACUGUUGGUGCUGUAUUUCCGCGACAUUCUUCAGUUCUACCUGAUCUCUACCAAAUUCUUUAGUAUGCGCCGUCUCCGAGUUGUGUUUGAGAUGCUCUGGCCAAGCCACAGAGACAGGAUACAGGUCGUGGUAAAACACAUGGCAAGCCAUCGCGACCUCAUCAGAAAGGAAGUUCGUAUGGAGGAGAUACGCAGAGCAGACGAAUUACGAAACCGUGAAUUGAAGCAUUUCGUACAGACAGAGGAGAACAAUAUCGCUCAGGAAUAUGCGAGCCAUCGGGCACAUAUCUCACCUAAGAGCUACGAUGGCGACCUAUAUCGUUUCAGCGAAGCUGUUUGCAAUGGAACCGGGAAAUGGCUCUUCCGGGACCUAUCAUUCCAGAAUUGGCUCGCCGGUAAGGAGAAAGCAAAGCCUAUUUUAUGGCUCCGAGGUAUCCCAGGAGCCGGCAAGACACUGCUAGCAAGCAGCGUGAUCAAGCACACUCAGUCAUUGGAUGGUACCCAUACCGUGUUCGCGUUUCUCACAUACCUCGACAGUCGUAUUUCCGCACUCUCUAUCCUCCAUUCAUUAAUAUUCCAACUAGCCUCUACAUCCCUCUCCCUCAAGACAAUGCUACGCCAAUCAGACCUGCAACAUCUGGGAAACGAUUUUAAGGUCGCUGCAACCCUAUUUCGGACGCUUAUACAGAGUGCAGGCGUUGUGCGAGUAAUCAUUGACGGCUUAGAUGAGAUUGAACCUACACAACGCUCAAGGCUGAUAAAGGAACUCGUGAGACUCAGUGGCGAAUGUGAAGAGUGCCACAUCCUGUUAACUAGCCGUGCCGAAAGUGACAUCUCUGGCGAUUUGGACGGCAAGACUAUAGAUAUACAGGUCGACAAGAAUAACGCUGGCAGUAUCCAGGUUUUCAUCAACCAAACUAUGGGAGAAUGGUUCAAAGAGAGGGACUUCGUUCCAGACGUUCAAGACCAGCUCCAAGGCUGGGCUGCACCACUAGCAUUCCGUGCAAAAGGUUUGUUUUUUGUUACCUUUUAUGGUAGGGUUCUACAGCAGAUUGAUGCAUCUCCAGAUCUCCAAAGAAGAAACCUUGCUCGCUCGAUACUUGGCUGGGUGGGGUGUGCCCCAUCACCCAUGACACUGAAAGAAAUCGAGCAGACCUUGCUUGUUGACCCCGACUGUCCUUUCAAGCUACCGAGAGUUCAAGCGAGGGUCAAUGUUGUACAGAUCUGCGGCCCGAUUAUCGAUAUAGUAGAUGGUUAUGUUCAAUUCGUCCAUUUUACUGUUCGAGAAUACAUCUUUAGCACCAAGAUCCAGAACUCUGUCACUCUCUCUGAGAUGGCGCUUGACUUGGCUAUUCGCUGCGUGGUGUAUAUGUGCCAGGGCCACCAUGACCCAGACCUCACCGAAGAUGAAAUUGAUGCCAACAUUAUUUGGGGGGCAUAUCGCUUGCAUCACUUCUCAUCGAGCUUCUGGCUUGACUUAAUCCACGAGUAUUUGACCUUAUCUGGCUCAAAAACCAUACCUGAUACUCUUAUUGAUCAGCUGAGAAUACUUCUCGAGACACGAUCAUCAGAUCAUUACACUGAGACUGACCAAAGAGAAAGUUCCCUACACCCAGCCAUUCUUGGCCUGAAGCAUCAGGAGCCUGCUCUGGUAGAGAUGCUGAAGGGCUGUACUGAAUUUCAGACAUCAUCGUCCAAGUCAGACUUUCAGCUCAAUAAUCCGGAGCAGUGGUUUCACACCAGCCCGCUCUCCAUUCCCAAAAUUUCAAUUGCUCUCCAUGAGCGGCUCGAUGACCUCGAUGAUGAGAAAUGUUCCAUUCUGAAAUCACUUUCUUACCAUUAUGGACCCAGGUGCUUCAGAUGCGGGUUUUUGGGCUGUCAUUAUCGUCGUUACGGCUUUGAAACGAAGACAGGCCGCCAAGCUCACGAAAAGGAUCAUCAGAAGCCAUGGAACUGCAACUACCCAGGCUGCCGCUUUGCGACCCAGGGCUUUAUCUCACGAAAGAUGAGAGAUGACCAUCUGAAAAGUGGCCACCCACAUGCUGUAGAUCCUGGUUUGUUAAAUACUGCCCCCUAUGAAAAGCUUGAAGACGAAGAACUCCAACCUCUUAUGUUUGAUUUGAUUGAAACUAACCGGCUGGAGAUUAUAACGUCACUGAUACCUCGUUUGCGCAAUUUAGAACGUUUAGUGCAGACAGAGGUCGCAAUCCACGCUGCCAAAAUGGGUUCUCACUCAAUCCUACAACUGUUCAACGACUCUGGGUUACUCACGGGAGCAUUUGUCACGAAAGAUAAUCUGGACUGGAAAAGGUUUAGUGAUCUAGCCGAGAGGACAGUGCGAAGUAAGAGUGUCAGCUUGUCCAAAAUUCUGCUACGCUGGGUUGCGACGCUGGACUUGCGUUUAAGGGAUACGCACGACUUUCGAGUAGCAGUGAAGGACAUAAUCGGAACCCUAAUGGCAUUGGAGUCUGAGGGUCUUUUUGAACUAUGGAGGCCAAUACUGGCUUCAGGCUUCGGCAUUGCGGGUACCAGCGUGGAAGUUGCACAGGCAUUCGCGUUGCAGGGUGCUAUAGGCACCACUGACAAUAUCCCAAGCCGCGAACGCAUGCUGCUGGGGAUUUGGGAAGAAUACAAGGUUUUGCAUACAAUAAAAGCGCGAGACCGGCAUAAAGUUCUUCCAAGUAUUGCCGAUUCCAGCUGUUCCGUCAAUUUGGCGCGUUAUGCCAUUCAACAUGGCUGUGGAGUUGACAUCCAGUCCAGCUAUAACAGUCUAACAGCCUUGCAAAUCGCAUCGAGGAAGACUACAAAACAAGCAGCAGAUCUCAUGGAGUUCCUACUUCUCCAAGGAGCAGACCCCAACAAGCGGACGGCGAAAAAGAGGAUUGGGGACGAAAAAGGAGCACGAGAAAUCUCAAAGUGGCUCGGGCUGACAUGGGAACAGUUAGUUGAAAGAACUACAGAGGAACGUCAGAGAAACAAGAAAAAUGAAAAUGAAGGUUCUUACAGUGAUUGA